UACGAAUUGAAUACAAUUCGGUCAACGCCAUGAACGCCAGACGACGAGAUAAUAGAGGGCUAGACACGGAGACAGAUUUCUGGUGCUAUAUACCUCUUCUGUGCGGUAAUUCUAACCCAAACCAAUUGUCCAAUUGUUUCGGCUCCUCAUUAAUGUCGUAUUCUUACGUAGAAGAAGACGACUGCAUUGCAAGUCUAUGUUGACAUCAAUAGUCUCAGCCGUCACGUAUAUACAUGUAUACAUGGCGAGCUGCGAGCGAUGGUCUUCAGUAACAAUGCGCCCAAAUAUUACGCAAUCAAGUCCAAUACUAUACAACUUUUUUCUUUUGGUGUCCUAAUGCUCUUUGUAUUUUCUUUCGGUGUAAGAUUCGGUUAUAUUUGGACCCUUGCCAACUUCUCGUCUACGUUUCCUUUUUUCUUUUUUUCUUUUUUCACUUUUCGUUGCAUUGGAUGGGAUAUAAGAGUAAGAUACGGCAGCCGUAACGACCCAAACUAGUCGGAUACUCGGAUGCGUUUUUCUUUCCGACGGGCUCUGCUCCACUUUCAGUGGAGUGCCGAGCGUUUCAAUUACAAACUUCACUUCAAUAUUACGACCGGGUGAAGAAUACGAGGUUAGGCACUGCUCCUAUCUACGUUGCAAUUGUUGCACGAUGAUCGUCCUUUCAUGCCAUGAAUGAAUUGAAUCAGAGCGAACACACGGAACCAAUUAUGCAUGGCGAGACUACGUGCCGGUAUAUCCCCUCCCGCGUAUAUAUAUUUAAAAAAUAUUUAAAUCUACCAACGAAGUGGAUUCGAACAAUUGUUCUUUAUUUAGCUACAUCUGGGACAUAGGCCUAUUAAGGCGGAACAAACCAAAAGCAAAUGUUGAAUCAAUCGUAAUCGUCAAUCCAAAUCCAUUUUUCGUCAUAAUGUUGUGUUGUGUCUUUUGUUUCCAUGGCUGAGCAGUAGAUCUAAUGCGCCCUAUAGUAUAAGAAUCAUUUUACAGUUAUCGUCUACGGAGAGGCGCCAAGAACAAGUUUGUCGGAUGAAAGAAGACUAGAGUCUGAGAUCCUUUUUAUUGGAUCCAGCAGAACGAUAUCUAUACCAAGUAUUGAUUAGAUGAGAAUCUGAAGCCAUAGGCUCAUUGUUGCUCACCGCGAUGCAGACUGAUUGGAAUGAAGAGGAUAUACAGCGACUCGCACAGAUUACAGCAGCCCAGAUAUAUCUCUAUAUUGCUGUCAGUAGUUCGUCGAAUUUCCAGAUGAAACAUUCGUAAGAUUGCACCACUUGAAAGUUAAAAAAAAAAAAAAAAAAAAGAAAUCAAACAGCCAGAAGUGUAAAUCUAGGUUUGCAACUACUUUAUAAGUGCUAGGGAAAUGGGAAAAAAAUAAAUAAAUAACUGAACUGUGAAGUAGUAGACCUUUGGAUAUUAGUGGCAGACUUGACGUUAAUGACAUUAGACAAAAGGUUAAAAAACUAAUAUCAUCGCGAUUCCCUUCCAGCAUUCACUGGAUAUAUCUUUAUUUUCCCCUGAUGGGGUGGAGUUACCACGGAAACGUGGCCUUUCUCCUGCGUCCCACACGCUAGUUCAUUUGGGAUAUCUUAAUAAUGAAGCUUAAAUAAAAUAAGAAUAUAAGAUUGGUACCGAGAUCAACUUCUUUCCGGCGAAAAUAAAAAGAAUGAAAAAAAGACUUAUAGACAAGAUGAAAAGUCAGUGUUGGUCUUUUUUUCAGCUUUUGUUGUCGGGGCUGGCCAUGCACAGCACGCGAGGCAGCCAGCGCCAGCCAUGCACAGCUUGGAGAAAAGAUAGAUAUACAAGCGGACAGCGCCCACAAUCUAAUUAAAACAACUUCUCUCUAUAUCUAUAUAUAUAUAAUUUGUAGGAAGUAUAAGGCACGACUGCAUGAUGGCGCGGAUCUUGGGCGAACUUUCGUUUUCUGCCUAUAUCAGCUGUCUCAAAUAUAUUUCAUUCAUUUGUAAUCUGCGGAUGUGCGUCAUUGCUUCGCUGACAGAAUGUUGGCUGUUGGCUUAAGCAUCGAGAACACGAGAGCCAGAAAUAAAGUUUUACCAGAGAAAUUAAUAAGAGAAAAGGGAGAAAAUAAAUUCGAUCGAACUUUAAAUCCUCAUUGGAGACCAGACAAAAGUAAUUGCACAGUUGAAUGCCAAUCUAAAAUAGAGUCAGCUGAUUGGCACUUUUGACAACCAGUCAAUGGAAAAGAAUCUAAGAUUCGAAGCCUUCUCUGAUAUGAGACGAUAUAUUUCCCCAUAGGGUGAAAAGUUGCCGAUGCGAACGAGGAGAAUCAGACGAGUCAGACGAUUACAUAAAAUACGGAUGACAAAAAUCAAAGAACGCAUUGAAAGACUGAAAAAUCGACUCUAGAUGCCAUUUAUAGGAAAAAGAAGAAGACGCGCGAUCAAGGGACCAAGACAAAUAUAAAGAAAAAUAACAACAGGCUUUUCAAAAAGAUUCCAAAGAAGCAUAAAAGCCGGAAUAUGACGGGAGAAGAUGAUGGGUCGAUGGGAUACAAUCACACGACAAGAUUUGGCUCCGAUUGUCUUGUUAUAUUUAGAAAUCCCCGGUUCAAUGCAGCUAAUACUUAGAAAUGUUUCCUCUUUAUUGUAUUCUCUUUUUCUCUUGUGUAUUACAACUUUUCUCUUUCAUUUUUGCCAGCGAAUAGCUUUUCGUAUCGACCGCGGUUCGUCGAUGCCUGGCCAGUAAACUUUUGCUACGCCCAUAAUAUAUUUUUAGGAAAUAUCGACUCGGAUUACAUGUUUUGUUUUUGUUUGUUUGUUUUUGUUUCGGGGAAUAGCAAUUUCAGCAAUGCUCUUUGACUCUUUUAUCCAUCAUAUUAUACUACAUCUCCAUCAGACAUUACACGCAUUACGCAACGCACUCACUAAAAAUAGAUCCCCAAAUAUGUUACGUCAACAUCGCGUUACGGAUAUACCGAGCUAAUUGGGUAGGUCGACACCAUGGGGAUAAAAAAAGAAGAAGAUAAAAAAUAAAAGUGAUUGCUGCAUAUUAUUAGACAGUUCAGACUGACAGAAUAUAAGACUAUAUAUAGGCCUGCCAUUUUGUAUACUACAUAUUCAACGUUAGGAUAUAAUAAUAUAUAAACGUCAUCCCAAUUUGAAUUGCCAAGUGAAUAUAUAUUUAUAGUUGUUGGUAUAUACUGUAGCUCGGUGUUUGAGUUUUGUCGUCGUCAUGUUUGCCUUUUUUUUUUUUUUUUUUUUUUAGUUGUUUCUAUGGUCGAUAUAUUGACACAUGUCCUAUAUUCCACACACACAGUCAGUCACAGGCUGUUUGUUUUUUCGGGGAAGUUGGUUAUCUGGUCAUUUCUUUCGAUAUGGGACACUCUACCGCCCUUUUGUCCUUUCUCUUCCGUUCGGAUGUCCAUCUCUUACUGCUGCAUCUCAUAUCAAAGUGCUCUGUUAUACUUGUUAUACUUGCCCGAGUUGCAUCAGCUCGAUUUGACAUUGAAUCAGGACGUCACUCGACAUCAACCCACAUUCGCUCCUAAGAGCAUAUGUGCUGGGGAGAAAGGGAUGGACCGAUGGGAUUUCCUGAGAAUAUGACACCUAAUAUAUACAGUAGUGCGCAGUUCCUAUUGGGAUGGGGACGAAAACAAAAGCAAAACAAAAAACAAAAAAAGGAAAAACUAGGGGAAGGGAAAACAAAAAAGACGGCCGUAUCGUGCACGUAAGCAACCAAGCGAGAAAGAGAACGCAUACUCAGCGAUGUUGUUGACUGAUUGCCUGCUUGUUGAUUUUAUUUAUUGUUCCUUUUCCGAACGUAGUGUAGCUAUACUGUAUUACAUAUAUGGCAUUGUUGAAUUUUUGAUUGAUUUGGUUGUUGUUGCUGUCGUCUUUCCGCACUGUCUAUCCAUAGCGCCAGUUGAGAGUUGAACGAAAAUUUCGUGUCUAAAUAUAUUGACGUAAUAAUCGAAAGCAAAUAUUAGGCAAUUACAGGGACUCGAGAGAAGUUGGUAUAGCGGCUCAUUAUAAAGAUAUGGCGAGUAAUGCAACGAAAGGGCCUCACACUGUCUAUAAUUCCCACGAAGCGCCGUCGAUAGAUCAUUAUGGGUCGCCAUGACAAAACCACUGGCGUCGAAAAAUUGCGCUCGUUUUGUUGCACACCAAAGGCGGGGUCAUAUACUUCCCUCGUCUUAUUUUAUUGGCACUUGUAUUCCUUACGUCAUUCUGGCACUUCCAUACCGGAUGGUUAUUGUACGCGUUUUGUUGUAUUAGAAGAUGUAUAUAUUUCUAAAGAUAUAUUGCACCGAAAACCUAAUGGAUUUUCAGUGUGAUGGCGACUGCAUAAAUAACCAGUCACUAUGCUGUCGCAAAAUACGGUACGACUAGAUGAGGUCUCUAACGCUUUGGGUCGUUGCUGGGAAACGCAACCUACUCACUUGCGUAUCCGAUUUUGAUUUCCUCACACCUGGGCAUUGUAAUAUACGUUCUAUUCUGACACAACAUGGAGGCGGUAUAAUGUCACCAGCCCCGACGUAAUAACGAUCGCGGCCAAACCUGACUGCGCGCGUGCUGGCAGAGCGGAAUAAUAACAGGCAGCAGUGGCAGCAGGAUAACAAGGUGAAACUCGGGAGACGGCGCGGCGGCUUCUCGAUGGAAAUAUCAGAUUCAUCACCAGCCAUCCUGACGAUGGACCCCGAAAUCAUCCACCACGCCGGCGUCAAUCACACCGACGACGAAGACAAUUCGGUUUACAGCUCGGGAAUGGUGCCCGACAUGAUGUGGAAAAUACGCGAGGACUGCGAAAAACUCAUGAACAGUUACAACGAGUCCAGCGAAGAGCUAUUUUGCCCGCCCACCUUCGACGGAUGGUCGUGCUGGAACGCCACUCCGGCUGGCCGGAUUUCGGUGGCGCCGUGUCCGUAUUUCAUCACCGGAUUCGAUCCGCAGAGAAUGGCGCAUAAAAUCUGCACAGAGGAGGGCACCUGGUUUCGGCAUCCACAAUCCAACUUAAUCUGGUCAAAUUACACAACUUGCGUCGACGUCGAAGAUCUCGAGAUGAGGCAAGCCAUCGUUAACGUCUACAUCGCGGGCUAUUCGGUUUCGCUAAUUGCUCUCGUCAUGUCCCUUGCCAUUCUGAUCGCUUUCCGGCAGAGUUUGAAGUGCACCCGGAUCUACAUUCACCGCAAUCUGUUCGCCUCGUUCAUCAUCAAUAACGCCAUGUGGCUGCUCUGGUACAAAUGUGUGGCAGACCAACCGGAAGUUCUCCUCGAUAACCGGAUGGGCUGCAAGAUCCUUCACGUUCUGCUUCACUACUUCUUGGUGUCCAAUUACUUUUGGAUGUUCUGCGAAGGACUUUACCUGCACACGGUUCUAGUUGUGGCCUUCCUCUCCGAGAACUCCAUCAUGAAAUGGUUUCAUUUGAUCGGAUGGGCGUUGCCGGCCGUCGUUACAUCCAUCUACGCUGGCGUCAGGGCUUCCAUCCCAGAAGAAACCAACCAUUGCUGGAUGGAGGAGAGCCGCUCAACGUGGAUCCUGUCAGGUCCGGUUUGCCUGUCUAUGCUGACCAACGCUUUCUUCCUCGUCAACAUAGUCCGUGUUCUGGUGACCAAGCUCAGGGCGCCCAGUUCGGCUAGCUACAACACGGCCCACCAUCAACGCGAACCCAAUGAAAUGCACCGAGCGGAUAUGAACGUCAACGACGAACCGCACCGACCGGAUGACAUCGGCGACCGCCCUAACGGACAUAUCCCAGUGUCCGGCACCGUCUCAUCAGCAGGAAGACCCACUGGCGUAGCUCAUCGUACCAGCACUUCCCUCAGCGGCCUUCGUAAAGCCGUCAGGGCUACACUGAUUCUGCUACCACUUCUUGGACUUCACUACGUCGUUAUGCCCUUCCGACCGGAAGCCGGUGCUCCAGGAGAAAUUGCCUACCAAAUCGUUUCAGCCAUUUUCACUUCAUUCCAGGGGUUGUGCGUUGCUUUCCUGUUCUGCUUCUGCAACGGCGAAGUGUUAAAAGUUCUGCGAAAGGAAAUCGUCCGCUACGCCGCCACUCGUAAAGUUGGCCUACAAAACCGCCGGCUCAUCUUGCGAUCCCAGCAGCCAAUGACGACCGAACUUUAACUCUACGCUCAUCCCCGGAUAAUAAUGCACCGCAAAUUAUAUUAUAGGCAAACACAACUAUCAACAUAAUUAAUAAUAUUAUAUACAAAUUCUAUUAAAAAUAACUUGAAAUGGGGGUCACCGGUCACCCGGCCGUUUCCUAUUUCGAAUUGUUUCGCGUACGGUACAUCAUAAGCUUGUUAGAUUAAUAUUUUUUCAUUUAGCAAGAUUUUUCUGUUGUGCUUCGUUCCUUGGCCGUCUUCUCUUUUAUAAUAGGCCACGACUUAAAUUUGUGCUAUGUUGGCGAAGUUUCGUGUCUUUUUGGGUCUGAAAUUUGACAGAGGAUCGCCGAAUGUGUGACAUCUCUUUCUCUCCUCUCUAGGCUAUAUAGUUGUUAUCGGUUGUUAUCUAAACUGCGUCAUCAUGCUUCAUGCUCUUUGCAUUGACCUCUGCUCUUAUCUCAUCCAUUUCAUCCUCCGUGGUGUCUCUAUCUCUAAAUUCUAUUUUGCGUAUAGUUGCGUAUAUGUAUCGUAAAUCGGACAUUUCCUCUCCUCCCAUCGCAUAACUUAAAAUCCGUAAAAAAAUUGUUUGGAAACAAAAAGUGAAAGUAAUAUACAUAGAGACAGACAGAUCUGCAUCUCAAUUGCCAUUCGUGAUGGGAAGAGCUGGGAAGCGAGAACAAAAAAUCAAAUCUUACGUUGAAUCUAUUUGAAAUAAUAGAUUCCUUGAUGAUAAAAACCCCUAUAAAAAUGUUAAAACCUGUUAAUUACUCUGUAAAAAUGAUAUGUAUCGUAUUACAUCGUUCGACAUCGUUUAAUUUUAGUAGUAUUAAAAAUUAGCUCCCCCCUGUGCUCAUGUACAUACAUUAUCUUUUGUGUGUAUAUAAAUAGUAGACCUAUGGUAUCAUAGAAUAUAUUGACUUCCGGUACAUUAAUAUUAUUAAGAUUCUGAUGCGUUUUAUUUGCGUGGAGAGGAGGAAGUGAAUCAAAUGAAAUACACUGUCGAUG